GUUGCAUGAUCUAAGAUGCACUGAACCCCUGACUUGGCGUUUUUACAAAAUGUCCCGCCCGUGCCAAUGCCGGUUGCUGACAAACUCCCCCUAUGCACAACUAUCGUCUACAAUAAAUGUUGUUCAAUUGCGAACCUUUCACACCUGUUGCUCCGGAUCAAAUUGAAAUGUAUGAAGGAGAUUUACAACUCGUUCUGCGGUGCGGGCAGUGCAAUAAACCGUUUGACAAGCCGUCCACGUUCAAGAGACAUGGUUACUAUUGUCGGUCUCGGGGGUCUGGGAACGCCAAUCGGCCUCGGUCUUGCGUGUCUUGUGCGAAGGUAAAGGCACGCUGCGACAAGCGGCGACCCGAAUGCUCGAGAUGCAUGACCAAGGCCAUCCAGUGUCACUAUCCAGGGAACACAACUCAAAGCCAAGCCUCAAGAACCCAGGUAUACGAUGAUACCUCGUCAGGGCGACAGGAAUUGGCGCGCCCACUGGUGGCAGAUCCUUCGAAUCUCCAAGCCAGCAACAAUGGUAAUAUGUUGUUCGAUACUGGCGUUACCAUAUCAGAUUCGGACUUUGCAAACCUCGAGGGGGAACCUCUUGACUUUGAUGUCCCAGACGAUUUCUCCGACUUCUUGAAUCUGCAGGCCAGUGGCGAGGCAUAUCGGUACCCUUCCACCGUGCCAUCGUCAUCUCUGAUCCGUCACUCGACACCUUCACCUGAUCUUCAACAUAUCACGCCUUCCCUGAACGUCCGGUCAAUUCUCCAGAGACCAAAAAUAAAGACCGCGCCACAACGAACUGUCAACCUCAUACUUCACACCCUAAAAUCGUACCCACUGAUGAUGCUGCGCGACAACACCCUUCCACCCUUCAUUCAUCCGCGCUCAAUAUGUGCCAAUGCCGACAGCAACUACAUGGAGCCGUUGACUAAUUGCAUCAGCUUGGUGCACAUGAUCAGUAGCGGAGUGCGAGGAAGCAGGAAGUUGUUCUGGAAAAACGUGCGAUUGGAGUGUGAACGUUUGUGUGAAGAGCAUAAGAGAAUUGAGAAGUGGGGACUGCUUGCUGCAAUGCAAGCACUUUCCAUUUACAUUCUCAUAAGGGUGGAUGAAGGUCAGACGGACGACAAUGAUUUCGAUUUUCUACUCAUCACAACGGUGGUCAUCAUGGCCAAGCAACUCAGAGAUAUCUAUCAGACCAGCGACACCGAGUCUGCACUGUACGAUCACAGUGUCGAAUCCAGCUGGAAAAAUUGGAUCUUUGAGGAAUCAAGUAGAAGAAUAUGCGUUGUCUACCGAGUCGUAAACCUGCUGGUCUAUUUUGAGCCAGCGGCCCUGUGCGAGAUGCAAACGGACCUGGUUCUAGCACCACUGCCGGCGAAGAAACAGCUUUGGGAAGCUGGUAAUGAGUUUGUGUGGAAGUCGGAGAUCGAAAGGGAUCCUGCGGCGCGGACAGCCUUUGGACUUGCUGGAGAUGGUGAACUGGUCAAGCUAGAUGAAGGCCCAAUGUGUUGCAGUGAUGCAAUCAUGCUCCAUAAGCCCUUGAAUUAUAGGGGUGUUGGAAAUUGGGACGAGUGGUGUUCGGGCAUGGAUGGGUUUGGUGCCCUGGUCAUGCUCACUGCGUCUCUGAUAGGAUAGCCUUGUCUUCCCAAGAUGGCCAGAACGCAUAUUGGCGGACUCCAAACUACGAAGAGAAGGAACAGCGGCGUUUCGGACUUCUUUUGCACAGAGGACAGCUUCCAACGUAUGCUGCCGCCGGAGAAUUUCCAUUCUCGAUGCGGGAUCAUGCAUAACCAUGGGUUUGCACAGAAGUCUCCUCCGCACCCCACGGGCAUCUUCUCCUCAAAACAAGGGUAUAUGCGGGCAGCUUCUCCCACUGA